AUGGCCAAAUUUGGCUAUCGACAGAGUAAUAUCUCCCAUAGUCGAGCCUUACCAAGCAGAUUUGAUCCAAAAACAAGCCUCAGAUUACUCAUAACAGUUAGAUAUGAGGUGAUUGAACAUGUAGCAGAUCCUGCUAAAUUCUGCAAAUCCUUGGCAGCGUUAACUGUUUCUGAUGGAGCUACUAUGAUCUCAACAAUUAAUCGGUCUAUGCGAUCAUAUGCAACUGCCAUCGUUGCAGCAGAGCAUAUACUCCAUUGGGUAUGUUUUUCCGGUUCAUCCUGUUGCUGUGAAUUUGUUGUGUCUAUUUUAAAGCAGCCUUCAAAAUGUGCUCUUGCAUUACAAGCUGUGGGUUGGUGCGUUGGAUGGUUUUGCUAUGUUCUCAUCUUCUAUGGUAGAGAACAUGCUCCAUCCCCUUCCCUUCCCAGAAUAAAUGGAUAA